AUGUUCUUUGAGAGCCUGAAUAUCAUCAUGACCUGGUUUCCCUACUUGGUACAAAAGGCUCUGCAUCCCAUCUAUGUGAGACGAGAUCCCGGGAUCCCUGCCUAUGGGCUCCGUCAGUCUAUCCUACUGAACACCAGGCUUCAGGACUGCUAUGUGGAUUCACCGACCCUCACCAACAUCUGGACGGCCAGAAUGUGUGCAAAGCAGAACAUCAAUACCCCAGCAGCCGGGACCACCUCCUCUUGGGAAGUUGUAAAUACUCCCUUGGUGGCCAGUUCCUUCUCCCUGAUUAAGUUGGUGCUCAGGCGACAACUGAAGGAUAAAUGUUGCCCAGGACCAAGCAGGUUAGGAGAAGCAAAGCCUUCAAGGAGAUUAAAGUCCAAGGACAAUUCGGCAGAAAGAGCCAUGCCGCGGGGCAGAAUAAGACAUUCCAUCAGUUCCAAGGGCAGGCGGCCAGUAGGGAAGCAUCCUGGCUCCCCAAGGCUCAGGAAGCCAGCAGGAGGCAUCAACAAGAGUAAAGAAAGUUCAAAGGAGAAAAAAGUAACCGCCCGCCAAGAUCUUGAGAGCAGAUAUGCUGAACAUGUGGCUGUCACCCAAGCACAGCCUGGGGACACUGGGACAGCCGCCUGGAAGGGCCAGGCGUUGCUUCCCGAAACCAGAGAGAGAGAGCAGUUGUCGGAGGACAAGCUAAUCAUCCAUGGCCUCCCCGCAGAGGGUUACAGGGCUCUGUACCACUCGGUGGUCGAGCCGAUGCUGUGGAAUCCUUCCGGGACCCCCAAGAGGUACAGCUUGGAGCUGGGCAAGGCCAUUAAACAAAAGCUCUGGGAGGCUCUGUACAGCCAGGCUGCCACUCCUCUAGGGGCUCAGGGCUCGAUGCCUGGCCGGAAGCAGCUGGGGGUCCAUGAGGAGCCUGUGCCCAAGAAGUGGCCCAAAUUCAAGAGAGAGAAAUAGGAACAGGAGCUCACGGGCUUAGGAUAUUGCUAUUCUCUGCUAGAUGUCUGAAAAAUAAACACCACUUUGCACCUUCCACAUAAUCUCAGAGUGCUUUACAAAUUAGUAACUCCUGCCCUGGGAGGUAAGACAAAUUGGGUAGGAGAUUCAUUUCAUACUGAUGGCCCUUCUCCACUCUCAUAACUAGGUCAUGUUGAGGGCUCAGUGCUUGGGGGUCUCUUGGCCUUCCGAGGUAGGAAAAGGCCAGGCAGACAGUCAACAGCCCAUGUUCCUUAUUUUUAAAAGUGGACUAUCUUUCCCUCACUGCUUCCACAUAGGGCUUAGCAAAAUAACCACCACCACCCCAAGGACAUUACCCCACAUGCUCUCUGUCAGAGGCUCUCUCAUGAAACCACCCCAGGCCCCAACGACAUGAACUCUAUGUUACCAAGAGAAGAGAUGCUACGGACGCAUACAUGAACAAGAAGUUAAAGGUGCUCUCUCCUAGGUGGGAUCUAUAGACCUUUACCAAACAGAGCAAUGACAACAUGUAACACGUACUUGAUAAAAUUGUAUUUUUUUUAACAGUCAUUUGUACAAUUUGUUACAAAACCAUAGAAGACUACAACUUGUUUGAAAUCAUUUUUGGUCGGCAAAUAUGCAAAAUCUGUGUGCAAUUAUCAUGUAUUUACAGGGCCUCAUGUUAGUCAUUUUCAAUGAUUAUUCCAACAAUGUCACACUCUCAACAAAAGACAUGGCUUAAGAUAAAUAUAUUAGUAAAUAAAUAU